CACAAGUAUGCGCCACUGCCCCCUGUAGAGUGUGUGAGAAGCGUGCUGGCACAUGAACACAUGGACUCAGAUGGACCUCAUAUCUUUACCUCCUUAACUCAAAGUAACGUUACGAGUUGUAUGAACACUGCUUGCUUCAUGAUAAGACAGCAGCUGUUCAACAAGGCCUUGUAAGGUUAGUGAAGAGUGUGUUUAUUAAAGGACAAGCACUGUGGAAUUCCCAGUACCAGUGUUGUCGUGGGCUGAGUGGUCCUCUCAACCACUGAAUACAACCCACGUUACAGUAUUCUUUAUGUUAUUCUCUGAACUGACAUUUUUAAAUAAAACUUUCCUUAUACCAGCCCCUCGUGGCUUACUGCCAGCCACAGACUUGCUGUUAAUUCAAGUGGGAGGGAAAAAGUAGAUGAUGAGGAAAAGUUGGCACAGUACUGUAUAAAACUAGGUGUUGGUGUGAGGGAGAGCAACAUGUUGCGUACUUCUGAGGAGCCUCUAAUGUUUUUUUAGCUGCUGUACAUGUAAUCCUUUCCUGGCUGCAGUGAAAUCCUUACAUAUAGUUCUAAGUUUAAAGUCUGUGAAGUUUCAGGUCUAGCUUAACAUUGGCAGCUGCCUCGGUUUUUGAUUAAUGCUGGACAGAAUGCCAGGACAUAUCGGCAUAUGGUUGUCUUUUGGCAUACUGUGGCCACUUCUGCUGGCUGUCGGCGCAAUUGAAUGUUCAGAAAAAGAAACACUGAUCAACCCGCUUCCCAGGAGGGUGAUACAACCAAGUGACUGUUUAAUGGAGUGUACUGGGAUGACAUACAUCAAAAAAUUGCAGCUUCAGGACAAUCAUAAUAUUCGGCUGUCAGACUCAACUGAAGGAGACCUCGGGGAAUACUGUUGGCCUACUGACCUCAAGUGCAACAUUGGUGAGAGCUUUUUGCAUGCCUACGCGGUAUUGCCUGUGGAUAUAUCUGCUGUGGGACAUGAGCAACUGGAGGUCAAAGCCACUGCUCCAGCUGCCACUACACUACACGCACAUAACAGCCCUACAACAAUCGCAGAGAGCUGCGGCCUUCGUUACGACGUCACACAGCAUUUCAGCACACAGAACGCUGGGACAUCGCUCUGCAUCCAGGUUUCUACCCAGGAAGAUGCUCUGGGGGACACAGUUCUUAAAUGUCCUCCAUAUCUGGUCACCUUCUGGCAAAGAAGUCCAAAUCAGCGCCAACAACAAAGUGCUGGAUAAAAUAUCAGAGGUAGAGGUAUCCAGAUCUUUUAAGUAAAACCACCAAUUAGGAUAUUAAAUAAUAUGAAAGAUCCUGCAUUUUUAAACAUUUUAAUGGAAGUAUUAGAUGCAAAUGUACAGAAUGAAUAAAAAAAAAGAACAGCCCCUUUGUCAGAAAGGAGAUGGAGCUCUCUCUAUAACUUAUGGUGAUUUUCUUUAAAAAUUGGCAUCGUUUGCUUUUCAUUAAUUUAAAGCUGCCACAUACCCACAGGGGUUAGUAUAAAAUUGUCACACAGCUUGUUUUUUUUUAUCUAGCUAAUUUGAUCAUACCUGGAAGCUGGAAGUGUUACAUUCUUAUUGCUUAUAUAAACGGUUUAGACAUUUUACUUUAUUUGUUCUUUUCAUACUUUGUAUGUUAAAAGCUUACUUUCUAAGGUAUCUAGUAAGUAAACCUUUCAGACUCAUAGAAUAGAAUAAAAUGUUCACUAUUUCCUUGUGAGCUGUUUUGAAGCAACAAGUAACAAGUGUGUUUGGAAGUGGUUGUAAUUUAUACUUAAGUCGCCAACAGCAAUAAGGAAAAUCUUUUGUGGGUCUCCAAGGUCCAAUAAUAAAAUAGGGUAUCAGAGAUGCUAGUAAUGGAUGGUUAUGCUUGGAUUGUAAUUCAGGGGUAAGGCUGGGGCAGAAAAGAUUAAUAACUGUAAUUUCUCUAUAUUCUUAAGCAAGUUUAGAUUUAUUCUCUAGUGCUCUCGUGUGCUUUUAAAUCCCUUACCUGAGUGAACAGAAAAUGAGAGUGAGGUCCACAAGUUCACUAAACUUGGAAAGCCAUGUGAGUGAUAGUAACGAUAUUAUUUACUAUUCUGACAAAAUGCAUUUAAUGCACUUGCUAUGAUCAGUGAAGCUGUAUACUACAUUCUUUCAGAAAUAUGUGUUAAGAUGAUGAUCAAGCAUAUGAGCAUGAUGACGUGGGUAUUAUGAACAUUAUAUGGCACUUGUAUUAUCCACAAUAAUAUUCUUUUGAUAUAUUUUUGGUUUAUGUGACUUCAGUUGUAAGGGUGUUUCGUGGCACUUUGGCUAAAAGGAGCAGAUGGGGAAUGAUUGUAGAUGUGUCAAGCACUCUGAAACUUUCAGGGCAAACUUGUUGCUCUGCUGACUUACUGAAAGGCAAAAAGCUAUGUAAAUGUUCUCUCUAAAUGAAGAAUGCAAUGAUGUUAAUGUUGUGUUAUAAGGGUUGAUAGUUUAAUAUUAAACCAUUUCAUUUUCCUUUCACUCUCACAUCUUUAUUGAGUUUAACUAUUUAAGAAAGCUAUGAUAAGAUGUGAUUGUAAACAUAUUUUUGCUCUUUUUCCCACUUCCAUUUUGUCUGUUUGUUUAUUUUAUUCAGUUGUUAUGCAUAAAAUCCUCACAAACAAAUAUCUUAUUGCAUUUCAUUACUACACAAGGACAUAAUAUACUGCCACCUCCUGGGUAUGAUGUAAACUAAUGGAAGUACUGGAAUUAAGUCCCGUUUACUGUCCAUCCACUGGAUGGCAGACUUCUUACAGGGUAGUACUGCACCAGACUUACAAUCAGUAUAAAUAAAUAAUUUACUGCCAUAAAAAAACUACAAGUAGGGUGAAACACCAGUUUCUCUGUGAAAUGUUGAGCAUUAUUCCUGUCUUUUAACAAACACCAUAUUUCACAUAUUCCACCAAAAUGUGGACAAGAAAAUCCACAAAGGUGCUUCAAGUAGGCUCAUGUUCCAUUGCAGUUUUUGUGAUCUGUCUCAUAAUAAUGAUCAGUUGUUUAAAAUAAUUAGUGGAAUUAUUCCUAAUGAUCAAAAUAUAUACUAAAAGAUCCAUUCCAACUGCAUGUUUAAAUGAUAAGCCUAGUAUAAAAGAAAAUCUGUUUGAAUUGACUAAUCAAUCACAGCGUUAGUUUGGUCAUGACAAAAAGUCAUCCUAAGCAAACCUUGGCAAAUCUCAGUGCCAGAAUACAUCAGCUGAUGGCUGAGCUGAUACUCUUUAAUACACAAAAUUGGAAAAUUUCAUGUAGUCUGUCUACAUUUACUGAACAUCUGCAAGUGGUUUUGCAAACCACCCCAUCCCAGCUCUCUUCUCUGCAUGACAUAAUCAAUGCCAUAUCUGUUGUUAUUGAUGUACUGUUUUGUAUGGAUUGAAGGGGUUUGGGUGGGCAGUGGGGGAAAACCUUUUUUCUGUUACAGUGUAGACACACUAUUAAGCCUGAGCACUAUUAAGGCUUAAAUGAAGGAGGGUUUUUGUUGGUGUGCUCUGCUGGCAGGCGACCAGGGGCAGCAUAACAUAACUCUCCUAUUGGGCCUCCAGACAGACCUUUCUCCGAAAUGUCAUGAAAGGUGUGACAAAGGUGAAGAGUGAGUCAGGACAUUCUGCCUGUCUUAAUCACCACCAACAAACAAAUCACAAGAAAGUGUGAAAAGAAAAGAAAAAAGGUAUCUUGUGUGUUUAAAAGCCAGUCAUACUUGCCUUUAAGCUGUCUGCUUUCUUACGGAGUCAUUUUUUAAGUUCAAUGGAUACAUAUUGCCAAGAACAAUUUAUUCAUGUGUCCCCUCAAAUGAUCUUAUUUAUGAAUGGAUAUUAGUCAAAUAUAUCAAACAGGACCACACAGGACAAAGGGGAUGAUUUCCCUAAAUCAGAUUUUUUAAAUCUCUCUUUUUACAUAUAAUCAUGAGAUCAAAUGAUUAUUUGCUGUAGGGUUUUCAAUACUAAAAUUAUGGCAAGAGCUCACUGUAAAUAAUAAAUAUUAUAAAAUAAAGCAUUGUUUUUGUUUAUGUACAUUUUACAUGUUUUGUUAUAUCAUAUUAUAAUAAAAUUACUUACUUAUUCUCUAUCUUUCCUUGUUUUACGUAAUAAUUCUAUUCAUUCUAUUCUUCAGGUGCCGACAACCAAGUUAAAUCACGAUGGAGCACGUAACAUGUAAAUAUAAACACAGGUGGCUGUACCAUGUGUCUCAGGCAGGGGUAAUUGUGAAAAGUUUGCGCAAACCCCUCUAAAGCAGAAAAAACGAUUAAUAAUGUUGCCCCUAUUGGACUCUUUCGACACAUUUAUUUUCGAUAUAUACUUAGAAAAGCAAAUCGACAGCUUUAGCAAUCUUUUUUAACAAAUUUGAGUGUAUAAAACUGAGGUUGGUCCCCGGAUGGCUAAGAAGAGUAGAACAAUCCACUAGGCAGACAGAGUGGAGAGCCCAAACACGUAGUGGCAGCAGACAACUAUCAAACAACGUCGUCCUGACAGUUUUUAAACUAACAACCCACCUUCACCGGUAAACAAUGUGACCAAGUGAGAAGAAGACCUCGGCGAGGACUGUGAGAGACGCAUGACAACCAACUUUGGUUGUUGUGAGACGCACCAUGACAUCUCAGCCGAGUGCACACGAUGGAGAGAGGCACCUCCUUCGCCUCCGAGCAUGGCAACAGAGGGUCCAAGAAGCCAGCCAAACCCAAGAACCUAAGCCUGAGAAUGUACCCCUUUUUGGGGAGCCAUACAAGACAAACAAAGGAGAUGAACUCUCCAAUCGAAUCCAGAGGAUGCUGGGCAAUUAUGAAGAUGUGGAUACUCCCUCACCACUUUCCAUUGAGAUGAUACCCACUCCCGCUUAUGCAAACCUCUCACAGUCGGAUCAGGGUCAGUUAAACACAGAUAAAUCAACCAAACCUCCAAUUCAGAACCAGGUCCUUUCCAUGUCCACACAAAGCCAGAAGGAGCCUUCUAGUAACUCCUUGCACCCCAUGAGAGGAGUUACUACCACUUCCCCGACUCACCAUGGACAUUCAUCCACUUUCUCAAAGCCACCUUUAAACCACAGUCAGGGCAGUCAGCUUAACCACUCAGCACAUCAUCAACAACAACAAAAGAAGAACGAAGUCUUCUCAGACCUCAGGGACCGUGCCAGUCUUUACCACGAAAUGUCUGAUCAGUCUGACGAUGUUAAGCCGCUACCCUUCCUACAUUCCAGUGACCAUAAUCACAUGGACACGGACACUAAAGACACUGUUGAUGAAUAUCAAGGGUCCACAGACCAUGCCUCUGAGUCUUCCAGCAAUGUAGAUGUUUCCAUAUUGAAAAUUAAACAAUCCCCUAAGGAUGUAUCACUGCCUGAAGCUAACAAAACUAACGCACUACCCUCCCAGACGUUUCCUCUCCUGUUGUCAUCUAAGCAGCCCAGUGUGGUCAUGACCCAGAAGCCAACAGCAUACGUGCGGCCCAUGGAUGGGCAGGACCAGUUGGUCACAGAGUCACCUGAGCUAAAGCCUUCACCAGAACCAUAUGCACCACUGCCAGAGUUGAUAGGCAAGUCUGACCUGGGUAAAACAAAGAAAGCGCCACAAUUUUUGGAGACAAAGACAGAUGAAGCUCAAUGUGUGGAGGACAUCUUAAGGGAAAUGGCUCAUGCUUGGCCACCUCUCCUAAAAACUAUAUGCACGCCAAGCACAGAUGAGCCCCCCAAGUCCCCUUUCCUAGCCAAGGAAGCAAAGCAUGCCUCUUCAUGUCCAGGACAGAGAAACCAUGACUCCUCACCUCCUGAGUCAUCUCAUCCCAGCCAACAGAUGUCCUCAUCUUCAUUUGAAGGGGCACAUUCCAGCGGGGUAGAGUCUAUGAGCUCCAGUGAAUCGGAGAGUAGCUCGGGAUCAGAUUCGGAGAGUGAAAACUCUACUGUGGAGCCACCUCAGCCCCCAGCUGGCACCUCAGUUAAAACUGCGGCUGACGCCCCAGCAGUGAGCCAUGAGGACUGGCAGUUGGGAAACUGGAUCAGGUCCAGCCAACCAAAUUCUGGCAGUGAAAGUCAAAGCGCGGUACUUGUUCCUGAGAACACAUCUCAUAAAGAACAACAGUUCACUCAAGACUUCAAACACUCCAGCGUUCAAGUGGUUGACUCUACUGGGGAGUCUCAGCCUCAGCUUUCUUCUCACCACACAGACAGCACCGCAGUUUCUCAGCAAAGCGGUGAAAGCUCUCAGGACAACUGUUGUCUGCAAAGUCGCCAAAAAUCUCUCUCUGCUAAUGUGAACAGCUCAAAGAAAUUCUCAAAAUCGGUGAAAGGAGGUUGUCCAGACCGCACUGAUGCAGCAACCCCUGUGAAAUGUGAGGAAGCAGUAACAGCUCAAACAAAAUACCCGUGUUUCACAGAUAGACCCAAGGUAAAGACGAAAGUAGGACACUGCAAAAAAAGUAAGGAAGGCAGUAACGGUAAAAGAGACAUUAAAAGGACUAAACUCAGUUCACAGCAUUUUCCUAACUCCUGCCCCGCCCAAAGCCCUGUUCAGCCUGCCCCACCAGUCAGCAUCAGUUGUAGCAAAUCCAACGCAGAGACCAUCUGCCAGACGGGCACCAAGAUGCCUCACAAAACGACCCACAAGCACUUAAAGAAGCCUGGGCGUACUGCCAAGGCUUCUCUGGACCUCGAGAGGACUCCCAGAUCCCUAAUGGUGAAGAUAGAGCUAAGUCUGCUCUCAAGAGUGCCCCAGACCUCUGGCAUUCACCAAGGAAUUCCCAGCACUGCAAAACAAUCUGCACCGGUCACGGAUCCAGAUAAAGUAGGCGGUGGUACUUCUGCAACACACAGCCACACUAAAACCAGCAGGAAGAGUAAACCACAAAAUGCUGAGGUAGACAACAAAGGUCUUCCCAGGAAGAAACAGAAGCUGGAAAACAAGAACGCGUCAUUGACAAAAGUUUCUGUGAAACUGAAGUGUUCAAGCAGUCUAGCAGAGGCCCAGCAGCGGAAGAAGGCCAAGAAAGAUUGUCAGCACCCUGAACCAUCUGAAGAUGCUGCUAAAAAGUCAAAGCUUCACAAGAGCCAGGUGAAAACACAAGAAUCGAGUAAGAAAACGGAAAAGAAAAAGGUGUCUCAUAAACACAAGAAGAGCAAUGGAAAAUCCACAGAGCACCCAAAGUCUGAAACGAAUAAGUCCCCAAAGGUCAGCUUUGCUGUAACAUCAUCAGCACAGCCCCUCAGCGAAGCUGUGGCUAACAGAUCCAUGCUCAAAUUUGAAGAGAAACAACAUCCAGUGAAACAUUACAUAAAAGAGGCCAAAAGACUGAAGCAUAAAGCAGAUGCAGAGUCGGAUAAGUUCAAUAAAGCUUUCAACUACCUUGAUGCUGCCAUGUUCUUUGUUGAGAGUGGCAUUGCCAUGGAAAAAGAUCCACAGACGUUGUUGUCUUCCUACACAAUGUUUGCAGAGACUGUGGAACUCCUCAAGUUUGUGCUGAAACUUAAAAACUCAGUGGACCUUUCUGCUCCACCCCCAGAGAAAGACUUUCUAGUUUUAUGUUUGAAGUGCCAGUCUCUCCUGCAAAUGGCCAUGUUUCGACACAAACACAAAGCUGCACUAAAGUAUUCAAAGACCCUCACUGAACACUUCAGUAGCUCUGCUCAGGCAACACACAAUCCUCAAACAUCUAGAGUGGGAGACAACCUGUCCACCUGCCUGCCAUCUCCAGCCACCACCUCAGGUCCUAGCUCUAACCACAGUGCCAGUGGGUUGGUUGUGGGCAGUACUGUGGCAGUUCCUCAAGCCAUUGAACAAAUGACUUUCACCUAUGUCAACAUCACAUCAUUGUUUUUGAGUGCUCAUGACAUCUGGGAGCAGGCAGAAGAGUUGGCACGUAAAGGCAGCGGUAUGUUGGCAGAGCUGGACACUGUUAUGGGGCCCUUAAACCUGUCUUCAGAUAUGACCUCCAUGGUCCGCUACACAAGACAAGGUGUUUACUGGCUGAGGCUGGACAGCCAAAAGGUAUGACACCGAAGGCCUGUGAACCUUCAAGCUGCCUCUCACUGCCUUAAAUUCACGUUGGUAUGUUUACCCUGAUCACAACCUCAGCUUACCCUCAGGCUUGUGCCAUUUUUGGCAUGGACAUUGACUAAUCUCGUCAACAGUAUCGAUGCGGAUGCAUGCUCUAAAGGCUAGAUUUUGGAUUCCCCAUCAAGAAGACGACACACACUGAUGCUCUUGUUCUUCCUGUCGCCUUGUUUUCCUGACACUUUAAAAAACAUGGACGUAUGCUGAAAACCACACCUUCAGAUGAUGUCAGAAAAUACUUACAAAUCGGGGCUUAGUGGCAUUUGAAUGGAAGCACAUCGGAUAUUUUUGAAAAUGGACUUUGGUCCUACUUGGCUGAUAAACACAGUUGUGGUGGAAGUACUCACAAAGGUGUUACUUUUUUAUGCUGAUUAUACCAACUUUUGUUAUUGAUGUCAGGAAACGCAGCACAUAAAUGAUAUUUAGUCUCAACUUUUCCUGGUUGAUUUUAUUUCAUAUCUGUUUCAUUCUGAAAGUUAAACUUAGGCUUUUGUAUUUUGAUUUUUUUUUUUCUGCUAAAGACCAUGAAGUGUGUUGCAGAAGUGCCAGAUGGUUACAUUAAAUUGGCAUUUAAUUUAUUCAUUUUAAAUCCUCCAUAUUGGAAUCUGUUUUCUGUUGUUUCAAAUUGGCUUUGUCAGAUUGACAACACAGUGCAGGUGCAAUAAGAAGGCUAAAUGAUGAGCACAUGCAUUAAUCACAAUCAGAUGAAUGAAGGUAUGUUGGGGUACAACUAACAUAUGAACAAAGCUGAGAGGCAGAGUUGGAAAAACCUUUAUUUCAGAGGGGCUGUAUCUGCACAGGCAUUUUCAGAAGCCAUUGUGUAUCAGGUGCAAGUGUAGUCUUGUUGAUUUCAAGCUAUAAACAUUUCAUUUUGUGUCUUACCUUUCUGCUCCUGUGAGGAAUGCUGUUUUUGUGUGAAUGAUGAUUGGGAAGUACCUGACUCACUGGUGAAUCGUGUUUAAUGGUUUUUGGAAUAAUGGUGAAGUUGUGGUAUGGGGUGAUCUGGCUGCAGGACCGUUUAAUUGUAGUGCCUAAUUUGUUAGACCAAAGCAGACUUCAUUUUAUUCCUGUCAUCAAGUCAAAGAAGAUUGCACUUUUGGCCUCCUCCUCGUGGAAACUAUAGCGUUCAAGUGUCAAAUAAAAGCAACGCACACGUUGAGUUUCUGGUCCCUGUGAUCAUUCCUGCUGUCCAUGCUGUCUGUGAAAAGGUACACAAUUCACAGUGCUCUUCUUGUGUAACCAAAUUCUUGCUUCUGACUCUACAGACGUACUGUAGUUGCACAUGGUUGGCACAGACAACCAGGUAUGAAAAUAUCUUGCAACCUGAUCUCAUCUCAAUUUGUGCAGUUAUGAGGUGCAGCUGGCCAAACAUGGUACAUCCUCAGGACAAAGGAAGCACAGUGCUACUCUUAUACCACUGCUAAUGCCUAAACCUUUUGUUGAGCUUGCUUAAAAGAACAGGAAGGUAGAGUCAGGUGACCUGGCUGAAAUCUGCCAUUACAAGCCAAUACGGUCAGAUUCAGUGGACACGUCACUGCUUUUAACUUGUAUUUUUCCUUAUAUGCUCUUGAUGCAGAUCAAAUGUAAACACAGGUCACUGGAUCUGCUUCCAGAGAUGCAGCUGAACAGAAAAAGGGAAUUUUGAAUAAAAAGAUCAGAUUGAGUUCGGCUUGCAAAAGCAUUUUUAUGCAAAAUGAGGACUGUGGAUUUUGUCCCCUAACACUUUCAUUUUUAUUGCUUCAUGAACAGAAAGAAACAUUUCAAUAUCCAGUGAUCAUUUCCAUGCAUGCAAAAUGUGAAGCUGGCCUUUAACCAAAGGCGUGUCUUCAAGUCCUUGUGUAAACAGAAGAAAAAGGUCUUUCUUUGGCUGUGAUGGUGGAUGUAGUGGUUCACUUUGAGCCUGUUUGUCAGUCUGUGUUGCCUUUAAACUAGAUUGUUGUAGUCAUUAACAAAGGUGAUGCUAUUUAAUGUUUCCUUCAGUUUUUGCACCAGUAAGCUUGAUCUGUGUUCCCACACUUUGGUUGGCAAACUUUAACUUAAUCAGUGGGAAACUAUGGCUUACUAAUGAGAGUUUUGAGUAUUUUGUACUUAAUUUCAGCGCAUUAUUGUGCAGAAGGGCUGUUUCCAAGACCAACGUGACUGUGUUAGUCGUUAUUGUUUACUCCAAGUUUGGCUCUCAGCAAUACAGUUUGGGUUGGUAACAUUGGUUACACAAGUUUUAUUUGGGGGGGUUUUCCUACACAGGGAGGGGGAUACAGAAAUGAUCAGUGAGUAAUUAUUGAAGCAGAAAAAGAAACUUUGGUUUAGACUAGUGCCAUAUGUGCCACUGGGUUUUGGAAGUUUCACUUUUUAAAUUGGUCGUUUCGGUGUAGUUACAAGAUUUAAAUAAGGGCUGAAAAACGAUCAAAGUAUUCUGAAUUUUAUUUUCUCAUAAAUAAAAUUAUUAUUCUUUGUACGUAAGGACCACUGGUGCCAUGGAAUGUGGGAUUACAUUUUAUGUACAGAUCCUCAGCAGUUUCUUACCUUGGAUGCCUCCAUGAAUGGAAACUGCAAAAUUUGUCAUUCAGGAUUUAUAAAUUGUGCAACUUUAUCAGUUUUCUGAAUUCCUGGGUUCUUGUACUUUCUCAUCUGUGGCUUUAUUCUCAUUAUCUUUGGUUGUUGGUGCUUCAUUUAUGAGUUGCUCCGCAACAGAUUUGUCCAAAUGAUUAUUUACUGGAAACAUGUC